AUGGAUCAGUUUCUAUAUAAUCGUGUGCCUAUUGUUCCAAGGCUAAUUCAACCUCAAUGGUCAUCCAAGAUAGCACCAAAUAAUAAUGAUAGAGAAUAUAAUGGAAAUUGUUAUAGAAGUGAGAUUCCAUGGAGGACAUCAAUUCAACCACUAGGUAUUCAACCACGAUCAUCAACAGGACAACACAAGUCAAACAAUAAUUAUCAAUACGAACAAUCUUUGUCGAAUUCAUUACCAUCUAUGGAUAAUGUUGAAAUAUCAUCAAAACAACGUUUUCAAAACGAAAUCUAUUAUCAGCCGCUCAAAGGUGGUGAGAGGCGAGAUCAACAAGAAAAUUUUCCUAACUAUUAUCCAUUUACUCAUACAAAACCUGAACAAAACUUAAAACUAGAUACAAAUCAUACUAUUGGCAAAUGUUUCAAGAGAUUGAUUAUUAUUCACUGUACAAUCAUUUCUCUAUUCGCCAUAACAGCAAUGGCCAUUAGUAUUUAUUUACUUAUUCGUGUAACGGCAACAACAUCAACAAGCACAACAACUGCUACUACUACUUCACUUCGUUGGAGCUCAACAGGAAUAACAAUAGCUGGUAUUACAGGUUCACCGGGUUCGGCUUCGAAUCAAUUGCAUACACCUUAUCAUUUAGCAUUAGAUUCAACUGGUUCACUCUAUAUUGGUGAUUCGGAUAACCAUCGAGUUCAAAGAUAUUUGAAAGGUGCAUCAACUGGAACAACAAUAGCUGGUCAAAAUGCAACAGCAAGCAAUGCUUUAACAAAUUUAAAUUAUCCUACUGGUAUUGUUCUCGAUUCAACUAAUAAUAUUUACAUAGCAGAUACAAGCAACAAUCGAGUUCUAUAUUGGCCUAAUGGUGGAUCAUCAGGAACACAAAUUGCUGGUUCAAGUUCGUCUGGUUCAUUGAACAAUCAAUUAGACCAACCAUAUGGUAUUGUACGUGAUUCAAAUACGGGUACACUCUAUAUUGCCGAUACAAACAAUAAUCGUAUAAUGAGUUAUGCAUCAGGAGCAUCAAACGGUACUCUCGUUGCUGGAGGAAAUGGAGGAGGAACAGGUUCUACACAAUUAUUUGGUCCUAGAGGAAUUUAUUUUGAUUCAUCGUCAAAUAGUGUAAUUAUUGCUAAUUUUGGUGCUCAUAAUAUUGUUCGUUGGACUCUAGGUCAGACUUAUUGGACACUUGUUGCUGGUAUUACUGGAUCAUUUGGUAGUUCAUCAACACAACUUAACAGUCCUGUCGGUGUGACACUCGAUAGUAUGGGAAACGUUUAUGUAGCUGAUACAGUAAAUCAUCGUAUACAACUUUUCUUAGCUGGUCAAUCAAAUGGGACAACUAUCGCAGGUAUUACAGGUCUAAGUGGAAGCAAUGCUACUUUACUCAAUACUCCAUUUUCAGUAGCACUUGACAGUCAACGGAAUUUAUAUGUCGCAGACAUGGCUAAUAAUCGAAUACAACAAUUCAUGACAUACUAA